CGUUGACGUCACCGCAGGCUUCCUGCCGGCCUGCCUGGGCCUCUCUGAGUGGUGACGGGAGACGCGGAUACGUUUACAUUCUUACACACUUACACACGUACACACACACGUACACACGUGUGUACACACUCACACACACACACUCAAGGUGUACACACACACCUGCGCACGCUGACAUAAACCCCGCACUGUCAUGUGCGCAAAGACACGUAGGCCGGCAUUCGCGUACACACGUAUAGAGUAGCAGUGGAGGUGUGUGUAGGUGUAUGCUUCUGAGGCGCAUACAUAACGUUUACACGGAAUCUACACUUUCACAUACACAAAGACACACUCAUUUUGGCAUACACGCGGACGUAUACGAUGUACAUAUGAGACAUACGCUGUCACACAUACACUCUUAUACGUAUAAACAUACUCACGUUCACACGUAAUCAGUCUCAGACAAUUGCACACACAAACACGUUAUUCAUAUCCCGUCAGUACACAUACAGAUAUAUGUACAUACUGUUUACACUCGGGUAUACAUGGUAAUACUGCGCAUACACACAUAAACAACACACUUGUAGAGGUAAAAAAUACACACGUACCUGUACGCACACACAUAUAAAGACGAAUAUAAUCUAUAAUACAUACACAGACGUUAAGAAACACGGUGCCACAUCACAGAGGAGGAACAUCCCUGCAGAAGAAGCUGCAAUGUCUUGCUCCCUGAACGAGUUCUGUCAGUUCCAGGACAUCGGCUCAGUUCGAGAUCUCCUCUUCCCAAACCUCAAGCAGGAGACGAGGAAAAGAGCCACUGACGCAAGCAGAGAAGAAAAAGAAGUUGGCUGGGAGGAUGACAACUGGGGGUCAUGGGACCUUCCCGAAACCAAAGACAAGGAGGUGGUGCCUGAAGAGGAGGUCACGGGGAAGUCACAGAAUGACUUCUGGCUGCAGGACUGCGUGGUGUCUCUUUCGCCCACCAACGAUCUGAUGGUCAUUGCGCACGAGCAGAUAGCCGUGUUUUUGCAGCCGAAAUGGAGGGCGAACGAGAAAGGGAAGGAUGAAAUCAAGUACUCGACCUUGUGGAGUGGAGCCCUGAAUUUAGAGGAUGGGGAGUUCAUCAGCAGUGCUAUCUGCAUACCACUCGCCAGUCAAAAAAGGAGUUCCACGGGACGGCCAGAUUGGACCUGCAUCAUCAUCGGCUUCACAACGGGAUACGUUCGUUUCUACACAGAGACAGGCGUGCUGCUGCUGUCACAGCUGCUGAGCGAGGACCCGGUGCUGAGACUCAAGUGCAGGACGUACGAGACCCCGAGGCAUGCGGGGGUCACCGAGCAGCAAGAGGAGCUGAGCAUCCUCUACCCGACGGCUCUCGUCACCAUCGACGGCUUCAGCCUCUACCAGUCUCUCCGAGCCUGCCGCAACCAGGUCGCGCGAGCCACAGCUGCCGGGUCAGAAUGCAUCCAGCCACCACCGCUGGCUUACAAAAAGUGGGGGCUGCAGGAGAUGGAAUCGAUAGUCGACCACAUCACCGUCGGCGUGGUGACCUCGUGCACGUUCGAUCAGAUGAAGGUGGCGUCGAUCCUCGGCGGUUACAAUGCCACCAUCAAGAGCAGCCCUCCGGCCAUGUCGCAGUAUGUGACCGUGGGCAGCGGACCCUACGCAGGAUUCUUCUACGCGCUCGAGGGAAGCAGCCAGCCUCUUCUGUCACACGUGGCUUUGGCAGUGGCCAGCAAGCUGACAUCCGCCUUAAUAAACGCUGCCAGCGGCUGGCUCGGAUGGAAGGGGAAGCAGGAAGCGGAGACUCCGCAGAAGCAGAAGCCCAAGGUCGAGCCGGCGACCCCACUUCCCGUGAGGUUUGGGAUCCCGGACUCACGUCGUCGCGGAGAGUCGAUAACGCUCUCCCCGUGCAACACGCUGGCUGCCGUGACGGAUGAGUUUGGACGUGUCAUCAUGCUCGACCUCCAGCGGGGCGUCGCCAUCCGCAUGUGGAAAGGCUACCGCGACGCGGAGAUCGGCUGGAUCCAGGUGCUGGAGGAGCUGCACGAGUCCGAGUCGGAGCGGCCCCCGGUUCCUGCGGGGGCCCCCCCCCGGCCCGCAGCCGCCCCCCGCUCGGCGCGCGUCGCGCAGUUUGUCGCCAUCUACGCACCGCGGCGCGGGAUCCUGGAGGUGUGGAGCACGCAGCAGGGGCCCCGCGUCGCCGCCUUCAACGUGGGCAAGAACUGCAGGCUGCUUUACCCGGGCUACAGGAUCAUGGGCCUCAACAACGUGACGAGCCAGGGCUGGCUGCCCCACACCUACCAGGUGUGCCUGCUGGACGCCACAGCCGCCUCCGUGCGCACCAUCAAUGUGCCCUUCCACCUCGCACUCAGCGAUAAGAAGAGCGAGAGAGCGAAAGACAUGCAUCUGCUGAAGAGGCUGUCGGGCCUUCUCAAGGCAAAGGUCAUCAGCCCAGAUUUUCAGAAAGAAAUGGCGCAGCUCCUCAUAGACGUGAAGUAUCCAGCUCUCAAAAAGCAGGGCCUGGAGGCGGUGCUGUCCUCCCGCAAGCUCUCGGUGUCCUCCCUGCUCGACGUUGUCGGGGCCUUCCUGGAGAACGUGCAGAGCCAAGAGCCGGCCAGCAUGGACGAGGACCUUGUGCAGUUCUGCCAGAGCCAGCAUCAGCUGCUGCAGCUCUACUCCACCGUGAGCCAGCUCUCCCGAGACCAGCCUGGCUCGCCGCCCAUGGAGGUGGACGAAACCGACCUGCCGGUGCUGCUGCGCAUGGAGGAGCCGGUGCUGAGCCACACGCUGGCGCUGCUGGACGGGUACCGGCACGCGGUUCCACCGCCCGCCCCCAAGGGGGUAGCGCCCUUCCCCGUGGAUCUCUUCCUCGAGUGCCUGGAGGCCGGCAGGGACGGCGUGAGUGUCCGCAAGAUCGACGACGACAAGUCCCUCGCUCUCGGGAACUUCCUCUUCUGGAAGUGUUUGUGCGGCGAGUUCUCGCCCGACGCCGUGUGGCAGACACUGGAGGCGGCGGGGUGCAGGGCGCAGCAGCUAGUGAGCCUGCUGCUCACCGUGUGGCUCAACCGGGAGUUUGACGUUCUAGCCGAUGUGACGGCCGUGAGAAACCUGCAUCGGUGCCUCACGCUCAUCACCAGGAUGACAGGCGGUAUCGACAAGACCUGGGACUUGCACUCGGUGAGCCCGUGGUGGCAGUUGCUGCGGGCGCUGUGCGUGGGCGCCCAGGCGGUAGGGGCGUCGCUGCUGGCGGUGCUUGCUGGGAGGAGCGUCGCCAUUGACACAGCCAAAGCCAUCGCCGGCAAUGCGGCGGACGCAGAGUCCCCCGUGAAGGACCUGACCGACUCGUGGGAGGCCCUGUCCAUGGACAUGGAGCAGUGGAACCUCCUGCUGCGACAGACGGAGGACUGCCUGCUCCUCAACACGCUCCUGCACGGCCAGCUCGACCCGCACCACAGAGCAGUGGCGGUGGCCGAUGUCUCCCAGGGCCAGACGAGCAGCACCGCCUCCGUGAAGAAGCUGCUCGAGGGCGGCCGGGGCUCCGUGGCCGACAGCGUCGCCAAAUGGGUGGUGCGACAGGGCCUCCCCCCUGAUGCGUUGGGCCGGGCGUGCCGACACCGACGUCCGCGGGUCAAUGACGACGGCGAUGACGGUGGCGGCAGUGGCAGCGGCGACGGCGACGACGACACCCGGGAGGACGGGGGCGACGCGUGGGCAGACCCGCCGGGCAGUGACGUUCAGAGUGGCGCGUAUGCCAGCCUCAGCCAGAUUGUGGCCGUGCUGCGAGCGGCAUCGGAGCGCUUCCCCUGCAGCCUGGAGGCCGACGCGCUGCACGCGCACUGCUGCUGGGAGUACGUGGUGCGGUGGAACAAGGAUCCUGAGGAGAGCGAGCUCCUCGCCAUGGCUGCCAGGCAUCUGAAAAGCAUCCGCAACGCACACAUCAAACUCGGCAUCAGCAUCAUGAUGUGGAACACGUUCAUUGCCAAGCGGCUGUCUGCGGUGGCCUUCCUGAUGGAGAAGGUCGGGAAACCCCCAAAGGAAAGGUUGUGCAGGCGGGACGUCGGCAUGAGCGACAAAGGCCUGUGCAGCUUCGUGGACUCCUGCAGCCAGCUGCUGCACACAAUCAUGGAGGCCGACGUGGAGCGUGACGAGAUGGAGCUGCCUGGCCUGGAGCAGGAGGAGGCAUGGCUCGCUAGCGAGGGCCCCGCAUGCCUGGCCGAGCUGGCGCUGGAGCAGCCGGCCGUGCACUACCCGCUAGUGCAGCACCAUUACCUGCUGUGCUGCGUGCUGCAUGCCACCCUGCGCUUCUCGCUGCGAGCAAAGCCCCUGUCCUUGUUCGACGCCAGGGGAAGGAACACGUUCUUCAAAGACCUCUCGUCCCUGCCCCUGCUGCCGUCGGGAGAGAUGGACCCGAGCCUCAUCUCCGUCAGACAGCAGUUCCUGCUGAAGCUGACGUCGGGCGUAGUUUCAGCGAUGGCGACACCGAGGCUCGGAGGGGCGUCCGGACCGUCGGGUGAGGAUGGUGCAGUCCGUGUGGCACUCGGCGCCCGCGCUCAAGAUCUGCCGGGUCAGUGGCCGGCGCUGGCUGUGGAGAUGGCGCUGCACCUGCAGGUGAACGAGGACGUGGUGAAGCGCCACUACGCCUGCGAGCUGUACAGCGCCGGCCUGGACCCGCUCGCCGAGGAGGCAUGCCUGGCGGUGAGCGACCACGAGGUGUUCGCCUCCCAGCUGCUCAUGCUGGCCGGGCAGCGGCUGGCCUACGCGCUGCUGCACACGCAGACCAAGGACGGCAUGGAGCUGCUGUCCCGACUCCCGCCCACGCUCUGCACCUGGCUCAAGGCCAUGGACCCGAGCGAGCUGCGUUGCACGAGCGUGCCGAUCGAGGCGACGGCGCGGCUGGUGACGCACGUGCUGGACCUGCUGCCCGAGCGCCACGGGCAGUACAACCUCGCGCUGCAGCUGGUGGAGUCCGUGCACGCCCUCUCCCGGUGACGGGCACGGGCGGCCCCCGACGCACGAGGGCAGUACUAGCGGCGCAACCAAGAGGGCUACACAUACACACAAGCCAUGGUCCACUUGACGGCCGCAGCACUACCCUGUCACGGGAAUCAUCUCGCUGUUCAUUAGAAGCGGUUUGCGGCUACUGCACAUUUCCCGUUAAGGCCACGACUCACGCUGGGCAAUUUGAUCGAAAUCGGUGCUGGGAAUGUUCACUGGCAACAGAUUUACUUUAAACUGUGGCGAAUUUGGUAUGGGAAAUGGCAUCUAGUUCUGUCUAGCAAUUAAAGCAAAAUUUGUUUUGAAGUGUGUUUGAUGAACAUUGUCCAUCUACAGAGUACGCAACCCCAGGUAGGCAUGUAACCUCGACCUUUGAGCUGGUCAGAAGUUGUAUUUCCAGUUGGCCACGAGAGGGAGUACCAAUCAGGUUUGCCCGAUAGCAAGUAGUGCUGCCACUGUUGCUUGUGACGGUUGCUGAUGACGACUUCCCCAAAAUGUCCCGAGUGUGUCGUGACCUUCAGGAGAGGAAACUGCAGGAGUGUGCAUUUGCUCGCACACCAAGCAAGACUUUAGUUGAGUCAACAGUGGCAUCGGCGAGGGGCUCACACGGCAGCAGAGCCUGGCGAUGCACGGCCUUGCGCCCUUAUGACAAGGCAGCAGAUGCUGCUGAAACUCAUUUUUUUCACAGCUUUCAGUUCAUUUUCUGACACUGCAUUCGAACGUGCCUCAAAAGUAAACAGGAACGCAAGCAUAUUUUGUACAGGCAAGUGUAUGUAUGUAUGUUGAACUUCUUUCGCACGGUACGUAGUGGAGGUGCGGGGGAAGGACAACAACCUAAACAUAAGUAGUAGUUCUAAAGUAAUUAGUUUCCAAUCUAGAUUUAAAAUUGCAUAGCUCCAGUGGCUUUCCGAAUAUCGGAGGGAAGAGGGUUUCAGACGGCCGCAGAAGCAUAUCUGAAAGCGUGCGAUGCAGGCACCUUUACCCACCUCUGCUGGGCCUUGCCCCCCCAGCGUCCUUGGCUCGACUCUACCCCAUGACCGCUUCAGGUACACAGCUCAAUGGGGACAAUAGCAAAAUUAACCUCUCAGCUUGUGGGGAGUCGCUGUGGCCUUUGCUCACGAAGUACCACUGCUUCCGUUGAUUUGACGCGAGCGUGCUGAAGUUUGCAACCAGGGCCACGACUAACAACAGGAGGCACGCUCGCACAACCCGCCACACGGGCACGGUUAGAUGUUGCAACACGGUCGUGCGCGCAGGAACUCGUGCAAGUGGCCGGGCGGAAUGCAGAUGUUGUGACGUGAAGUGUUUCGUUGCUUUGACGAGUUUAACGAGUUGUGUGCCAAGCUAUUUGCGGCGGGAAAAAUUUAUUUGUACGUGUGCUUAACGCGCAUGCUAGAUGGUGCUGGCAGGCAUGAAAGUGAGGCGCAUUCUUGGUCUUGGUUCAACGAUGUGCUGGAAAGUUUAAAUGAAGCCCGUGUCCACACCACUCCGGUACUUUUGGAUGGAGGCAAUUAUAACAAAAAAUAAAAUGUAUCUUGAAGUGUCGCACGUGGCGAUACAGGAUUUCACUCUGUAUGUACAAAGCAGCAGAGUUGUGUCCGGGGCACACGUCCACACGUGCGACCGACACGUUAGGUCACACAACGGUGUCCAGCAUGAAACACCCGGAGCGAUAUUUGACAAAUGCAAUUAAAUGUUUACAUGAAUCCUAACGCCCUUAAGCAGACGUCAAGCCAUUUCCAAACACUUAAUUGUAUUUCUCCCCCAAAAGGAACUUGAUCGUUUUAUUUGAUAACAAUGUGCUCGAUAUUCAGUGUUCGGAGUCAAGUGAAACAGUGCUAUCAUGUCUUGUAUCUAUGUCGUAGUUAUCCACACACUAAUAUUAAUGCAACACAUACUUAAGAGGCGAGUAAAAAAUAAAGGUGGCUCGAUUGACGCUAUGGAUGCAUUCUCGGUGUGGCUUGAGCGUUAACGGGGAAGCGGAGCCCAGCGUCGAACUUGUGAUAUUGCCCUGGAAAUGUAACCGAGCCACGGUGACCUCUGUGUAAAGUUGUGUAAAUUACUUAG